CAAGCUAAAAUCUUCAAGACGCGCACUGACCGUUUCACUCUCUCACAUCAGAUAAACCGGGGGUGGGAGCACAGUAAAGACAGCUAUCGCACUUUCAAUUCGGGAGUACAUUUCCAACCUCUAUUGGAUGCCAGGGGUCUAGUUCCUUUUUCUUCAAGAACAUUUUUACAUCUUCGUAAAAAUCUUUCAUAUUUCAUAUCUUCGUUCGGUUGUUAGGAUUUAGGUUUAAUCGUAUUAAACGACGUUGUGAAGUUGUGACAUCAGACUGACCGUCGGACAGUGAAACAAGACAGGAGAUUACUCUACACAUAUCAUCUCCCAGUUGCGGAUUGAAAAGGAGUUUGUUUUUUUCAUUCGUUGCAGGAGGUCCCACAUGUAUGUAUACUUUCAACAUGUCUGUAGUAGCCUAGGCAACCCUUGUGGACUGCCUGUAGUAUUAGACCAACCUGCCAGGUGAGGAAUAUCUUUAGUUCCCCGUUGUGUAGACAUAUUCUCUUGUGGGACUAAAUUAAACCUGCACAGUCUGUAUUGUCACGUAAACUACACCUCACAUCAACAAUGAUGUCAAAUCUCGGAUUGAAGAUUUUCAGAGAAUGGUAAACGAACGUUGGAAAAUCAUGAACAGCGCUUCGGAGCUCGAGGAUGGACCGCGGCAUAAAUCUAGGGUUAGCUACCUCCUCUGCACGGUUCUCCUCUUUGUAGUCGUUCUACUGGCUGUCACGGUAACCGGCGCCAUCCUGCUCAUGAACCACUACCAGAUCCCCAACCUCAGUCUCGGGGGCGCACCCGUCGUCUCCACCAAUCAGGACGAGGGCAGCGCCCUGGUGACGGUCGACAGGGGCGACGGCUCGCGCAUCAACGUGUUCAUCGACCCCAACUGCCCCGACUACAACGGCAACUUCCUGCGUCUGGAGGGCGUGCAGACGUCGCUGCUGCGGUCGCUCAGCGACCACGACUCGGACCUGCGCUCGGGGAAAGGGCAGGACCGCGUGCUGCUGGCCAAGCUGGCAGAGGAGGUGGCCAAGCUGGCGGCCCACGCUGGCACCCUGAGGCAGGACAACGAGGAGCUGAGGAGAGGGCAGGGCAGUCUGGGGCAGGAGCUGGGCACCCUGCAGGGAGAACAGGGCAGGCUCAUACAGCUGCUGUCGGAGAGCCAGGUGAACAUGGUGAAGGUGGUGAACUCGGUGAGCGACGCCCUCACCUCCAUGCAGAAGGAGACGGGGAACCUGAGGAGCCGUCUGAAGGCCGACCUGCAGAGAGCUCCUGUACGCAGCGCCAGACCCAGGGGCUGCGCCAACGGAUCCAGACCUCGUGACUGCAGCGACCUGUUCUCCAGUGGACUGAAAGAAGACGGCAUCUAUUCCGUGUUCCCCACACACGACCCUGCCGGCUUCCAGGUGUACUGUGACAUGACCACCGAAGGAGGGGGCUGGACGGUGAUCCAGCGACGCGAGGACGGGGCAGUGAACUUCUUCCGGGACUGGGCAGCGUACCGGGAGGGCUUCGGCAAGAUCACCGGGGAGCACUGGCUAGGCCUGAGGAGGAUGCAUGCCCUGACCAGCCAGUCAAACUACGAGCUGCGUAUCGACCUGGAGGACUUUGAGAACGGGACAGCGUUUGCUCAGUACGCCACCUUCGGAGUCGGCCUGUUCUCCGUGGACCCGGACGAGGACGGCUACCCCCUCACCGUCUCCCACUACUCCGGCACCGCAGGAGACUCCCUGCUGAAACACAAUGGGAUGAAGUUCACCACCAAGGACCAGGACAACGACCACUCCGAGAACAACUGUGCCUCGUUCUACCACGGUGCCUGGUGGUACCGUAACUGCCACACCUCCAACUUGAACGGGCAGUACCUGCGCGGGCAGCACACGUCCUACGCCGACGGCAUCGAGUGGUCAUCCUGGACCGGCUGGCAGUACUCCCUCAAGUUCACCGAAAUGAAGAUCAGGUCCACCACCCGCGAUGAGAGCCAAUGAGACGGCGGGGAUGCAGUCACAUGACCAUGCUGUAGACCAAUGAAAAGGCAGAAGGACUCCUCACAUGACAGCCUCAUACACCAAUGAGAAGGCAGUUGGAAAUUUGGCACCACCUCUUGACCAAUAAGACGACAGAGUGACUUUACAUGACCAUCUCCCGACCUAUGAGAGAGUAGGACACCCCACAUGGGCAUCACUGCUGAGAUUCAGGACUCAAAAUAAACGUGACCAAUCGGCCCCCGCGGCUGUUGAUAUUCGAAUCAUCUGUGAUGAUGGAGCCUUAGACAGCUCAACACAACAUCCCCUUUACCCCACACAAGCACAAGUCAGACAGUCAGUAUGUUGUAAAUAACCUUUCUCUUAAACUCAAGUUAGUUUUAGCUAAUGUAAACUUGUUCUCGUCCUCUCAUGUCUAUAUGGAAGUUACCUAAUGUAUCGGUAAGGACUGAGCAAGAUUUUGUGGUUCUGGUAAAUUACUUUUCUAAAUAGAAAUCCUGAACAUUUUACUUCGUAAAAGCUGAAGGGUUGAGUAGAUUUCCUGUACUGCUCUACCCUGCCCUCUGCCCCCCUCAAGCCCCUAUCUCUCUCCCUCCUUCUCUCUCUUUGUCUUUCUCCAUCUUUCUCUUCCUCUUUCUCUCUCCCUCUCUCUGUUUCUACCUCUUUAUCUCGUUCCCUCUUUUUCUCCCUCGCUCUCCCUCUCUCUCUCUCUCUCCCCCUCCCAGUCUUCAGUCAGGCUGCGGAGAGCUGGAACCGAGGAAGCGUGAAGGAUGUUCUCUAUUUAAAGAAGCAGAAUCUGAAUUCUCCCCUCGGCAUCCGUCCAAAGUGGCAGAUAUAACUCCAGAUCGACUUCCAGAACUUUCAUGAAAUCAGUUUAUCUCUCAGAGCUUGUUUGCUUUGGUCUGCCUUGGAGUGUCAGGUUGUCCGGGUUUUGCAUGUUUUGGGGCUAUUGCACCGGUUCCAUUGCGCCAGGCACGAUCUAUCAAAAACAGAUACAAAAAUACUUAAAAGGAUUUCCAGUUAAUUUCCCUCCUUGUUAUAUCAAAUCUAUAUUUAUUAUUUCAUAUGUUGUGACGCAUUAUUAUCUAAGUGUUAUUAGUCUUUAUCUCUGUUCCUCCUCAACCCCUUCAGCUGGAGGAGUUCUGCACACACACACACACACACACACGAAAGGAGAGGUUCUAAUGUUGACUAGAAAUAUUUAUGUUCCGUUUAGUCUGCUGAUGAUAAUCUGAAAGAGUUAUGUUGCUGGAGGGAAGCAGAAAUGUCAAGUCUGAUGUUUGAAGAUAUGAGCACUUUAGUAGCUGAAAUGUUGGCAUCAAAACAACUUACUCUGAAUGGUUUCUGACAGGAACUAAACAUGUUUUAUAUAUCAGAUGUGUAAUGUGUUAAGCAUGUAUUGUGUUGUUAACGUUGAAGGAUUGAAUAGGCUUAUUAAAACACUUAACCGAAGACACAAUGGCAAAACCUAAAUUACACAAAGCUUAAGUAAUCAUUUGUUUUUAUCUCUUAAUGUUAUGCAGUGUAUUAGAUCUUUUUAUCCGGACGACAUCAGUUAGUUUGAAGACAGAGUCUACGGUUGAGAGAAAGAGAGAGGGGGAGAGAGAAAGAGAGAGGGGGAGAGAGGGGG